AUGUUAGAAGCCGCUCAGGUUUCCUGGCUUUGUGAGCUACCGACUGUCUUCGUCUCUUCCCUCGGCCCUGACCCGUCCUACACCCAUCAGCAGCAGCAGCAGCAGCAGCAGCAGCAGAAGCAUCAGCAGCAGCAGCAGCAGCAGCAGCAGCAAAAACAACAACAGCAACAGCAACAGCAGCAGCAACAGCAGCAGCCCGAAUUCUUUCUUAUUUCACCGUGUAUCGAAAAUGAGUACUCCUCCCCCCAGCAGCAGCAGCAGCAGCAGCAGCAGCAACCCAUCGCCCCCCGCCCCCAGCACCACCAGCAGCAGCAGCAGCAGCAGCAGCAGCAGCAGCAGCAGCAGCGAUGCUCGUCCUCGCUUUGCUGUUGGCUCAGAUUGGAAGCCCCCAACAAAAGAAGGAAAAAGAAUAACGGGGUUGGUGGUAAACAACUCCCUCACCGGAGGUAA